AUGAAGACUGAGCUGGAGACCGAGUUGAUGAUCGCUCUAUUGCGCGCUCGGUUCUCGCUGUUUAAAGUCCUUGUGCUAACUCUGCUCAGCCUGGCGCUGGUUGCCGCCGAUGUCUCGCAUUUGUUUGGCCACGAUCACCAGCACGAGGAGCACACGCAUCCUGGCUACAAUUACGAGCCGCCGAGCAUUCCCUUUGAGCUGCCAACGCCCGCCGCCGUUUAUCUGCCGGCAAAGGAGCCGGAGCCGGAGCCCAGCUACUUGCCACCAGCACAGCCCAAGCCAACCUAUCUGCCGCCCGUGCAACCCAAGCCGACCUACCUGCCGCCCCAGGUGGUGCAGCCGGAAAGCAGCUACUUGCCACCUGCCCCGGUGGUGCCCACCUACAAGAUACCCAUUCCCUCGUAUGCCGCACCUCUGGAGCCGGAUAACACAUAUUUGCCACCGCUGGAGUUUGUCGAGCCGCACAGCGAGGAUGGAUAUCAUUACAAUGCACCCGCCACGCCCUUCUUCUACUAA